AUGAAGUCCUUCGCUGCUCUCUCUCUCCUUGCCGUUGCCGUCUCUGCCGCACCUACGCAGAAGCGUGCCCAAGUUUGCAACAUCUCCUUGGUACCGAGCGUAUCGAUCACCACCGAGUCUAACGGGAAAAUCCGCUGGGAUCUCUUCCAGAACUCCGGAUUCGGCCUCGACGCCGGCACUCUCGCCUGGUUCGAGGAGAAUCAGCCCGACGCCCCAGCUUUAUUCCGCGCGAUCCCGUCCACCAAUGGCGCCAACAUCUUCAGCUUCCAGCGUUCGACCGAUAGCCAGGCCGUUCUGCUGCAGGACAACGGCUUCGUCGCCACCCCAAGCGGUGGAACCGAGAUUCGCGACGCAACGACUUACGCUGCGGUGAUCCAGUUCAUCGUCAACUGCCCGGCGGACUGCAACGUUGACGCCGAGGAGGGCACGGGCAUCGCCGGCCAGUGCACGCUCGAGGUCACGGACGGCCAAGGCAACGGCACGAAUCAGUGCGUCGCUUUCCUCGGAGGAUCGGCCACGCCCGUCGCGGUCGCCACCUGCGAUAAUUCCGAGGCGCAGCAAGUGUCCUUCUUCAACAAUUUCUGA